AUGGAUAAUCGGAUAAAAUCUGAAGUAAUUAUUAGCAGAGAUAAUACAUUAUAUGACAAAUGGGUUAAUAAUGAGUCUCAAGAGUCCAUCAAAAUGUUUGUCUUUGAAGUGGAAAAUCCUAAUGAAGUUCUCAAUGGAAUCAAAGCUAAAGUCAGAGAAGUGGGACCUUUUGUCUUCAAAAUACAAAGACUUAAAGAGAAGGUAUCCUUUUCUAUGGAUAAAACUAUUGUAUCGUUUGCUGAAAGAAAAGUCUAUUUAUUUGAUGAGUUAAUGUCUACUGGAAGUCUUGAUGAUAACAUAACUGUUAUUAAUUUACAAUUUAUGAUUUUGAAUCCUAUGUUAACUCAAUUGACGCAAAGCUCUAAUACAGUUAACAGUCGAAGCAAUAACUCUGUAUUGAACACUAUAUUUGAUACCUUUAGAGACAAUGUAUUUACUUCAAAGUCCAUUAGAGAGAUACUCUUCGAGAGCAAAGAUGAUCCCAAACUUAAACAAAUAACACAAUACUUCACGAGUUUAUCACGAAAUGGUAUUUAUGUACCAAAAUUGUUACCCAAAAACUUUUCUCUGUUUGAUAACAACACUGAAAAUAAAUUUGAAGUAUUGACCGGAUAUAAGACAGGCCUAUACUCGAAGAUACUUAAGUGGAAUGACCAGACAAAUCUGAAAGUAUGGACGGGUCGACAGUGUAAUGCAAUCAAUGGCACAAAUGGCUAUCAAUUUACACCUCCUGUUCAUAAAUUGGGUCGAAUUUAUGAAUAUCAUACGGAUAUUUGCAGAUCAAUAGAAAUGGGUUACGACAACACCUAUGAUAUCGAUGGUAUAUCUAUUUAUCGGUUCAGUCCAGUCGAUAAUAUAUUCUAUGGUCCAAAAUCUAAUCCCAAAAACAGAUGUUACUGUUUAUCACCAAAUAAUCCAGAAAAGUGUAAUUUUAUUGGUAUAGUAGACCUGUCCUCAUGUAGGGGUUCACCAUUAAUAUUAUCAAAUCCACAUUUUUGGCGAACUUCUGAUAUUCUGUCCAAAAGUGUGGUCGGACUCAAUGCUGACGAACAGUUGCACCAAAGUUUCAUUGAAGUGGAACCGAUAUCAGGUUUUGUUAUCUAUAAAACCAAAAGAUACCAAUUGAAUGUUCACGUGAAGAAAUGUCCAUUGAAUCAAAAUUUAGGCAAAACUCUUAAAGAAGGUAUAAUUCCUUUGGUUUGGUUUGAAGAGGUGUCAGAAUUAGACGACUAUACGAAAGACACCAUUAAGUUGUUCUUUGUUUGGCCGAACAAAUAUGAAGAGCUUAUUGUGUUUGGUUUAAUAGCUUUCGGUGGACUACUAUUGAUGGCAUCCCUGUGUUGUUGCUGUUGUUGCAGAGGAAGCAAAAAGAAAGCCAAACUCCACUCUCUCGACUAAAAGAAAAUCCACCGAAAAGGCCAUCAGCUGCACAUCCGCCGCCUCCUCCACCCCCA